AUGACCGCCGUUUCUGCCGCUCCUCCGCGCAAUUUGGCAUCGAAGAUGCCCAGCAGCGGCCAUGUGGACGACGAGAGGGACUCUGGACCCCGAUCCGAGAACACAACGCAGGGCAACAACGGUGCGCCACGAUUCGACGAAGCCAUCAGACGUCCGAGUGAUCCAGAAAGCGUCAACACAUCAUCAUCCUCGUACAGCCAAGACACCAGUCACUAUGAAAUGGCAGUUCGCAAAAGAGACUCAGCCGACAUUCUCAGCAACUCAAAAUGCGGAAAGCCAGGAGAGGAACACGCCUCACGGUCCUCGAUGGUUCCUGUCGAGUCUCGGCUGGGCGACAGCGAUGCCUCGGAUUCGGCUAUUCACCCCAGAAGCCAAACCGUGGACGAGUGCCAAGGGCAUAUUCAACCAAAACCGGAUCUGCAAUACAGCGUAGAGGAUUCAAAGUGGAUCCACCGAGACAAGUUGGCGAAAAUCGAGAGCGAGGAACUCGAAGCAGCUGGGUUCAUUCUACCAAAACUGCGAACGUCGAGCAAACAGAGGCGAACUCGAGGAGGACAGCAGUCGAUUGAUUAUGACCAAUGUCCAUCUCGAUGUCACUCCGCGGUCGGUGAGCGACGCGACGAGGCAUCGCCUACUCCCUGCUGGGAUCUACGGACGGCGGAGGAAAUCGCCAAAGAGGAAGCCAGCGCGUACUUUGCCGCUCAAGACACUAGAGGGUCCACCCGAAUUCCAGUAGCAAAGACCAGCCCUUCGCCGAUCCCACUAGACUAUCUCGAACGAUCUUCUCCUUCCGUGCGCCGCCUUGACCCACCAGAGGGCGACACCAUUGCCCAUACCAGGUCCAGGCCGCAAAGUGCCAGCACUUCCGCCAAAGAUGUUGAAGCCGGGGACAGCGGCACCCACCUCGCCAACGGAAAACGCCCCGCCGCCACCGAUACCUCCCCUCGAAAGAACACGCCGCGAAAAGUCUCGGCAGGGUCCAGAAGCAGCGUGGUUAUGGGCCGACCCAAAGCUAGGUUUGGACCUAGUAGAGAAGCGACCGUGUCUCGUCCCGUCACACGCCAUGGAGAACCCGUGGCUGCGGGCUACCGACCAGAAGGGGAUCCGCCCUGGAUAAUAGACUCAUACAAGCCGGAUCCACGGCUGCCUCCGGAUCAGCAACUCUUGCCUACUGUGGCGAAACGUUUGCGACAGGAACAAUGGGAGAAGGAGGGUAAAUUCGGUGACGCAUAUGACCGAGAAUUUCGCCCUCUCAAUAAUCACGAGUUUUUGCAACCGCAAGAUCGCGAGCCAGGACCGAGGGAAGAGAAGCAGGAAGAGGGAAAGGGGGGAGAUGAAGAAGAAGAAGAACAAGCACGACAAGUACAAGAUGGCGGAGAAGAAGAGGCACGGAAAUCGGGGGAAUGGCCUCUGAAAUCAGACAUGGUCAAGAGCCCCAAGCCAAGCUCGUACUCGACGAUGCCCAAGAUCUCGGACAAGCCAGCAAUCAGCCCCAAAACGAGCUCAAAGACGGCCCCCUCGGCGCCAAUCAGCUCUUCACAAGACACGCAGCCAGCGGCAGCGGCACCAGCAGAAGUGACGAAAAACAAGGCUGGCUGUGGAUGCUGCGCAGUCAUGUAA